AUGGUUUACGCAUACAAUGUAAGGAAUCAUCCAUGUUGUCAAGAGCCGAGUGAGAACCUCACUCUGGGGAUGAUAAUAGACGCUUAUGAGAUCUACGGCCACGAUCCCACAGAUAAGCUGGACUUCCUCGUCCACUACCAGAUAGAAAUGAUGAAGAUCAAACGCGCACGUGAUCAGUAUUUCAUCAAUGAAUAUGUCCACAUCGCCACUGAUCAUUUAGGCAGAUUUAUAACUCUACAUAUAAAAGAAUUAAAGGUAUUGCUGAUAGCUCUCGAAGACGCGAUAGACAAUAUGUUGACAAUGUAUGAUAACCAUAACGCUAUUAAAUCAGAGAGGGUGGCUACUUAUAACACGGGAUCCGGCGGUGCGGUGCCUACCGAAUUUUAUCUGAGUCAAGAGUUCUAUUGCGGUAAAAACGUCUAUCUGUUCGUAUCGGAAUUAUACAGUGACAUUUACAACAUGGGCCGAGGUCCCGCGCCAUACUGUAAGAGUAGGGGCUUCCAUUUCCUAGGCUUCGUUCACUAUAUGGAUGAAAACAGAUAUUUCUUAGAAGAAGACCCGAAUAUCGUGUUCCAAAUGGAUAAUUACAUUCACGGUUUGGAAUGUCACUUGGGUAUGUGUAUUUUUAGAUUUCCAUUUAAAAAGAACCUACAACACGUGCGAGACGUUUCCAUGCUACCGAAGGCGAUAGUGAAAUGCGGCACUGAUAUGUACAAGCUUCCCCCACUCACCGCCGCUUCAUGCGUCAUCACUUCUGGUUCCUUCAUACUCGAUUUCAAUAUACAGGGGAUACGGUUCCGUCACUACGAUUAUUUGCUGAUAAUGCCAAACGGCCAUACUUAUUACACUAAAGAGAAGUUUUCUCCGUUAGUCUGUGACCAUCAUGUCUGCGAGUGGAAUAAUACUAACUUUUAUGGAGGACCAUUCAUAAUCCCUGGAGAUCCAGGCACCGGUCUAUCUCCUAUCCCGCCAUUCAUCGAGCAAACGACGGAAACCUUCCAACAUACAACCACAACGCCUAAUGAAUUCAAUCCAAAUAUAACCUACACAUUGGAUGGCUGUUGGUUCAUGUUUCCUCCUAACUAUGGCUCCAUCGCCGGUAUCAGUUAUCUCGACCCGCUGUCUAUAAAUGAAUACCGCUACACGUGUCAAGGUGCUGGAACUAAUAAGGGUCUGUAUUGGUAUCCACAAUGGAUGGGUGCUCCGCCGCAUCACCCCUACCCGCAGUCGGAUGACGCGCCCGCGGAAAUGCCGCAGGGCCUCGCUGGCUCAUACUACCCCCAUCUACAGCAUAUACCAGCCAAUAACAUACCCGUAUAA